AUGGGCGAAUAUUAUUAUUUUUGUAUUUUUUGCGGGUUGGAUGAGUUUUUGCGAAAUACUAUUAAUAGCCCCCAUGUUUCAUUAACCUACAUGGAUUUAGCUUGGCGAGUGCAUUUCACUACUGGACCUCGGCCUCCAUUUCGAAAGUUCUUGCAUUUGACUUCAUCCUUCCUUGUUGGCCUUGUUUUACGUGCCUCGCUUUUUCGUCAUAAUGUGAAAGUUUUUAACAAAGAAUCCCUACUCGAGUCGGUUUAUUGCAGACCAACUUUCCAAUCCCUUAUUACCGUGUCUAACCAUCAUUCUUGCCUUGAUGAUUUCAUACUUUUUGGCACAACGCUCAAAAUAUCUGAUUUAAUGAAUGUUGAUAGUUUUCGUUGGAGUUUGGUUGCAAAUGAUAUUUGCUUCAAAAGUAUGUUUAGCUACUUUUUCGUGCUCGGAAAAGGAAUUCCAGUCUGGCGUAACGUUUAUGAUAUAGAAACCAAGAAAUAUACCUCUGUGGGUGGAGGCCGAUACCAACCAAGCAUGGACUUUACGUUAUCUCUCCUAAAUAAUGGGUUUUGGGUUCACAUAUUUCCCCAGGGCAGAGUCAUUAUGCCUGGGGAACGUGAAGAGGAAACUAAGCUCAGACUACGAUGGGGAAUAGGGCGCUUGAUUGCUGAACUCAACCAUCUACUCAUUCCUUCGCUUUGUUAA